AUGUCAAAUCCAACAGCGGGCUUCCGCGUCACAUUGGGUCGGUGUAACGAUCAUGAUGACGCUUUGCAGACAGCUUCGCCAUACUCUGCGUGCAUCCUGGCUUACGCCACCAGUUUUGUUUAUCAAAGCGGGAUCUUGUCCUACACGACGUGUUCUACCCUCCGAGUUCUCGACCUAAACAACUGUCGGAACACUGAAAAAGUGUUUAGCAGCACUGUCUUUUGGAAGGCCAUUACUCACCAAACUCAGGGCGGCGCCGGACUCGACCUUGAAUCUCUUGUGUCUCUGCGUGUCCACGAGUAUGCUUGUGACAUUGUGGUCCUCGUUUGCGAUUUCGGAUUCCAUGGCCAAUAUUUGGUCGCGGUCAAUAUUGCGGAGGGUUUCGAACCACUACAACCGACGGCAGAUGUAGGUGGUCUUUCUCGUGUCAUUCUUUGCACACGUCUGCGAUCCACCAGCAAGUUGUUCGUCAGACACAACGGCCGAUAUUUGGUUACAGGCACUUAUUCUGCCCUAGGAAAUCAUGACCACCAUGAAUGGUUGCUUUACCGGUACGACCUCACCACUUCAAGACUCGUCAGUAAGGAACCGUUACAACUGCGAAACUUCUUUGGCUCUGAACUGGGGUCUACAGUCUGCUUCACCAUAUUUGACGGAAGUUUCUACGCGUUGACAAAUCAGACAAGCUUUGAGAGCGAGGAAGUGGACUGGACAAGCUACUACCACUUUAUAAGCUUUGCUUUGGACGAUCCGCAUCCAGAUUUGAACAUACAGGUCAUCUGGAGGAGACAACAUCUCGAAGGGCCAAUCAAUGAUGCAUGGACUCAUCUGGGUUUCCAACAGGAUCACCGUAAUGGUGAGCUGCUGAUUGUAGAAUGUAGGAAGGAAUGGUUGUCCGGAGGAAGUCAAUGCACGAGGACAUAUUACACUCACCCUUUCCAUCGAGUAGUCCAUCGCGACUUGGAGGAGGGCCUGCGCCAUCCGCCGAAUGACCGACUCAGCCUCACCUUAGACUUCAAGAGCAACAGCAGAUGGGAGGAAUCGUGGCCUCGCGCUGAUCGGUUUGUUCAUACCGAGAUUUCAUCCGGCGAGCCUCACGGCGUCAAGGAAUAUAUUUGCGCAAAGACGAAAUGGCACGGAUACCAUUUCAACUCUCAGACAUUCGUCGACCUUGUGACGGACGAAGUCAGGGUCGAGGGUGAGUGGCGGGCUAAAGAGCGAAUCAAGCUCCGAGUGGUUAGCAGACGUGAGCUCAGUCCUAUGGUCCGCGACGAGGAUUCUAAGAUGAUCCCCGGUGGGAUGAAGAUCAGACCUCGUAUGCGAGACAAAGACGGCAAUGAAAUGCAAGAUGGAGAGAAAGCAUUCACGGCCAGCAAAGCAUCACUGUGGCCUCCAGAUGACGCACCGCAGGAGCUUCAAGAUGUGCUCUGUCCCGACGGUCGAGCAGGGGAUGUCCACGCGGUCCUAGGUGACGAGGGCAUCGUCUACAUGGCUGGCCCGCGCCGGCAAGCUGACGCCCCUGAAAGAGCCCUCAUCUUUGUCAGCUUCGACCCGACAUUUGGGUUUCGCAGCAUGAAAAGACCAGAUGGAUCCAGUGUCAUGCCGAAGCAGAAAUGGCAAGGUUCGCCCUCCCAGUCGGGAAGAAAGCGCAAGAGUUCAUCGAUACCACGUGAGAAUUUCCGAGAUGUUCCUGAUCUUGAGGACUCGUCACAUCUGCUCAAACGCUCAAAGUGGGUUCGCACUGGACAACAUUCGCCUACAAAAUCGUCGCCGCCCUUGUCGGUGGUCGAAGUUUCAGAACUUUCGAGCAUACAAGAACCGUCUGAUGACCUGAAGACGAGGCACUUUGUUGAAGAAGAACCCCAGGCUGCUGAGCGAGCCACGUCGCUGACAGAAGUCAAGGUCGAAGAGACAGAAGAGAGCAGCCGUACUCAAUUUCUGGGAAAGGAGGUUGUCGUCGAUGGUACCGACGGUGGUCAAACACCACAAGACUCCAAAAUCCAACGACGAGAUUAUGCAAGCUCCUCUUCGGCGGCGAGGGGGAAAAGGACCAGCGUCUCAUCAUCAGCACCGUCCUUAUCUCUACAGCCUCCAUUGGAACCACAAUGGGGAUUUGACCGGGUAUCGUCGUCACCAUCACGACUACCACCAGCAGGACAUUCAUCUUCGUCUUUUUUGGACCAACAGUGGGAUUUUGCAUCGGUAUCGUCACUGUCGUCGUCGUCUUCACCUCUCUUACCACCUUUGAACGACCUGGCAAGUGAUUCGGUUCCUACCACAGCCAACACUGCUGGCUUCGAAUCUAAUGACGAUACCACCGUGAGCGCAGACGGCCCAUCUCUUUCUGGUAACGAACACGAACUGCAACUGCUGCAGACUUGGCGCGAGAACGCUGCAUACUUGACCAUUGGGCGAGGGUUUUGGUUACGAUGA